GCAAACGCCGGCGAGCAGCGGCGGGGACGGGCGAGGACCAAGCUCGGCUCGGAGCCGGGGCUGCCCCGCCAUGGGCAACGCGGCCGGGGGGCUGGAGGGGGGCGCGGCCCCGCGGGAGCCCCGCGACCACCGCCCGCAGCCCGGGGCCCCCCCCGCCGCCGCCGCGCCGCCGCCCCCCCGGCAGCCCAUGCCCGGGGCCGCCGAGCUGGAGGAGCGCUUCGGCCGCGUCCUGAAUUCCAUGAACCUGCCCCCAGACAAGAUGAAGCUGCUUAACCAGUACGACAACGAGAAGAAGUGGGAGCUGAUCUGUGACCAGGAGCGUUUCCAGGUGAAGAACCCUCCAUCCGCCUACAUCCAGAAGCUGAAGAGCUACUUGGACACAGGUGGAGUCAGCAGGAAGUUCAAGAGGAGAGUGCAGGAGUCGACGCAGGUGCUCCGGGAGCUGGAGAUCUCCCUGAGGACCAACUACAUCGGCUGGGUCCAGGAGUUCCUCAACGAGGAGAACAAGGGGCUGGACGUGCUGCUGGAGUACCUCGCCUUUGCCCAGUGCUCCGUCGCGUAUGACAUGGAGAGCUCAGAGAACAGCCCCGGCUCUGACAAGGGCAAGGAGCGGUCGCUGGAGGACCUGAACAAAAGCACCUCCUCGUCCCCCACCCAGGGCUCCUCCAAGCCGCGGCCCCUCACUGUAAGGCUGAACCCCUCGCACAGCAGGAAGACGCUGCGCAACUCGCGGCUCGUCAGCCAGAAGGACGAUGUCCAUGUGUGCAUCAUGUGCCUCCGCGCCAUCAUGAACUACCAGUCUGGCUUCAGCCUGGUGAUGAGCCACCCAGCCUGUGUCAACGAGAUCACCCUGAGCCUCAACAACAAGAGCGCCAGGACCAAGGCUCUGGUGCUGGAGCUGCUGGCCGCUGUAUGCCUGGUCCGAGGUGGCCACGACAUCAUCCUGGCUGCCUUUGACAACUUCAAGGAGGUCUGCGGGGAGAAAAACCGCUUCGAGAAGCUGAUGGAGUAUUUCCGAAAUGAGGACACCAACAUUGACUUCAUGGUGGCCUGCAUGCAGUUCAUCAACAUCGUGGUGCACUCGGUGGAGAACAUGAACUUCCGCGUGUUCCUGCAGUACGAGUUCACCCACCUGGGGCUGGACCAGUACCUGGAGACCCUGCGCCUCACUGAGAGCGACAAGCUGCAGGUGCAGAUCCAAGCCUACCUGGACAACGUCUUCGACGUGGGGGCCAUGCUAGAGGACUCGGAGACCAAGACGGCGGUGCUGGAGCACAUGGAGGAGCUGCAGGAGCACGUCAGCCAGUUGACCGAGAAGCUGCAGGAUGCGGAGAACGACUCCAUGGCCAAGAUAGCGGAGCUGGAGAAGCAGCUGAGCCAGGCGCGGCGGGAGCUGGAGGCGCUGCGGGAGCAGCUGAGCCCCCCGCGGCCGCCCAGCCCGCCGUCCCCGCAGCCGCAGGAGUGCUACCGGCUGGCGCUGGAGCGGCGGCUGGCGGAGCUCGAGGAGAAGGGGCUGGUGCAGAUUCUGCGUGGGCCCGACGGAGACGUCGCCAUCGAAAUUGUCCCCGUUGUCAUAGAAACCCCCGCAACCCCCGUGGUUUCUGGAGAGGCCACUGCCACCACCGACACCGCCUGCACAGAUGCUCCGGCUCUGGCUCCAGCCCCACCUCCCCCACCAGCACCUGCUGCCCCCCCGCCUCCACCCCCUCCACCCCCCCCACCUUUGCCGGGGGCUGAGCCCAUCCCUCCCCCACCCCCCGCACCCCCUCUGCCCCCGGGCGCCGCUCCUCCCCCAGCUCCCCCACUCCCGGGUGCCCCUGUGCCACCACCCCCCCCACCGCUCCCGGGGGGGCCAGAGGGCCCGGUGCCUCCCCCUCCACCGCCCCCACCCCUCGGUGGGGAGCCCCCAGCCGGGCCGGGUGCCCCCUCCACUGCCAACGGUUCAGUGAAGGUGAAGAAGCCGAUCCAGACCAAGUUCCGCAUGCCUGUCUUCAACUGGGUGGCCCUGAAGCCGAGCCAGAUUGACGGCACCGUCUUCACGGAGCUCAACGAUGAGAAAGUGCUGCAGGAGCUGGACAUGAGUGACUUUGAGGAGCAGUUCAAGACCAAGGCGCAGGGCCCCGCCCUGGACAUCAGUGCCCUCAAGGCCAAGGCCACGCAGAAGGCCCCCAGCAAGGUGACCCUCAUGGAGUCCAACCGUGCCAAGAACUUGGCCAUCACCCUGCGCAAGGGCGGCCGCAGUGUCCAGGACAUCUGCACGGCCAUCGAGACGUACGACCAGCAAGCCCUGAGCCUCGACUUCCUGGAGCUGCUGCUGCGCUUCCUGCCCACCGAGUACGAGCGGACCCUGAUCGGGAAGUUCGAGCGGGACCAGCAGCCGCCGGAGGACCUCUCGGACGAGGAUCAGUUCAUGAUCCGCUUCAGCAAGAUCCCGCGCCUGGCCGAGCGCAUGAACGUCAUGAUCUUCCUGGGCAGCUUCGGGGACACGGCCCAGCUGCUGAUGCCGCAACUCAACGCCAUCAUCGCCGCCUCCAUGUCCCUCAAGUCCUCCAGCAAACUGCGCCACAUCCUCGAGAUCGUCCUGGCCUUCGGGAACUACAUGAACAGCAGCAAGCGUGGGGCUGCCUACGGCUUCCGGCUGCAGAGCCUUGACGCGCUCCUCGAGAUGAAGUCGACAGACCGCAAGCAGACGCUGCUGCACUACCUGGUGCGGGUGAUCAUGGAGAAGUACCCGGAGCUCACCGGCUUCCACACCGAGCUGCACUUCCUUGACAAGGCAGGCACAGUGUCCCUGGAUGGUGUCCUGCAGGACGUGCGGAGCCUGCAGCAGGGCAUGGAGCUGACCCGCAGGGAGUUCAUGAGGCAGGAUGACAGCCCCGUGCUCAAGGACUUCCUCAAGGUCAACUCCGAGGUGAUGGAGAAGCUGCAGGCUGACAGCAAAACUGCCAAGGAAGCGUAUGAGUCAGCUGUGGAGUAUUUUGGGGAGAACCCCAAGACCAGUCCCCCCACCACCUUCUUCCCCAUGUUCAUGCGCUUCAUCAAAGCCUACAAGAAAGCAGAGCAGGACAUUGAGCUGUGGAAGAAGCAAGAGGCCGCAGCCAAGGAGGCGGAAUCAGGCUCCCCUGGCAGCGAGCAGCAGCCCGAGCUGCCUGUCCAGAAGGCCAGGAGGCAGCAGAUGGACAUGAUUGCUGAGCUGAAGAAGAGGCAGAUGGUGAAGGAGCCACUCAUCUAUGAAGGCAAAGAUGGGGCCAUUGAGGAUAUAAUUUCAGAUCUGCGGAACAACCCGUACCGGCGGGGGGACAAGGCCCGCGGCAGCGCCAAGAAACGGGCGGCGGGGCAGAGCCUGCAGGCGACGCCGGACAUCGCGCUGUGACCGGCGCCGUCCCUGCAGCUGCAGCACCGGGGCAGGACCGUCCUCCCGACUCAGAUGGGACCGCAGGAUGUCCGUCCCUCGGCCCGGGGCUCGACGGGGUGGAGGGACAGAGCCCGCUCCGAGCUGCUCCAGCCGCUUAACGCGCCAGCUCCGCCUGGCCUGCCUGGGCCGGGCACAGGCACCCCCGGCGCUUGCUUGGCCGUGUCCCUGAGCUCCUCUCCCCAGGCUGGCAGGGCUGGGAGGUCCUCCUGGCUACAGACAGGGAGGGGGAAGCACAGAAAGGGCUCCAGCUUGUCCUGAAAGGAAAAGAGGGGCUGUCCCAUCCCUCGCACGCCGGCCGCGGGGCCAGCCCUGUGUCCUUGUCCCACCCUCCGCUUGCUGGUGCCUUCGAUUGCCGCUGCAGGAGGGGAGGGGGUGUCAGCCAGGGACACAGCGCUCCCCGCCCAUCUCCCCCGCACCUCUCCCCCGGCCCGCAGAGCCCCCCGAGAGCCGCGUUCUCCUGCUGCAAAGCUCCCAGCCCGGGCACCUCCCGGAGCCAGGGGCUGGCAGCGGUGCUAUUUUACAUGAUUUUAUAAGUCUUCCUUCAAAUUUCUCUGUGCUGCGGCAGCAGGGAUGGGAACACCUCCACACAGGGUGUCCCCAAGGCUGUGGCAAGCAGCGCUGGGCUGUUCCUCGCCGCAGGGGAGGCUCCGUAGCUGCGACAAUCAGCAUCAGGGACAAGUUUCUCUGCGAGGUGGUAGCACCUCCGCCCACCUGCAUCCCCAGCAUCCACCUGCACUGUCGGGCUGGAGCCUCUGGGUUGAACCGGUACUGUCAGCCCUGCGGGGCUCCCCGUUUUCUCGGGUGGGACACGCAGGAGAUGCGGGCAGCCCCCAGCCCCGCGAUCACAAAGGCUGCGCCGUCCCUGCUGCCGCCAGGCAGGAGCGGCCCCGGAGCCGCAGGAGCCUCUCGGUACCGGACCGGACCCGGCUGUCGCCCCCUGCCCUGCCCCGCUGCUGCUGAGUAACCCCGAGCCCGCAGUGCCGCAAUGAAACCUCUCCUGAUACAUUUACUCCAUUAAGCAGCCCCCGCUCCUCCCUCCUCCCGUCCUUUCUCACUCGUCACAGCUUUAGCCAGAGCAGCCGCUGCUUCCUGCUGUAUUUAAGCUGCUUCAGCGCCGGCUCCGUGUCCGGGGAGGGAUGGGAAAUGAAUGUGUAACUUAUAAAUGCCUUUAAGCCAGAAAUGUAAACCAUUAACUGCUCAUUUGUAUACAUUAUUUUUAUAUACUGAAGGCCUGUUUAAUCUAAAGCAGAACUGGUAAUAAAAUGUCUCAGAGGAUAAAGGA